CAAGGCCGCGGGGCUGGCUCCCAGCCAACCGCAGGCGCGCCCUGUGUGGCCGCCGCACGGCUGCUGACGCGGCCCCCCAAAAGAAAACGCCUACCUGGUCACUCCCCCUCUUGGUGGAUCCCGAUGUUAUGUCGGAUGGGUAGCGGCGGCCUUUGGAGAGCGCUCGUGUGCGCGGCCCUCCUGGCGGGCUCUGCUGCGGCCUUCGAGCGGCCAGAGCGGCGGCGCCUGGUCCGGAGAGGUUCCGUAUCCAUACCACACCGUGGUGGAGAACGCCGCCCAGGUCAGCUUCUAUGCAGAUGUCCGACCAGGCCGUGACCAAGGUGACGAUGGUCGACAUGGCCUUCCCCGCAGUGCACCAAGGCGCACGCACCAAAAUGUUGCGGCGUCGAUUUCCGCCGAUGGGCAUAUAGUUAUGGACUCACAGAAGCCCCUGCCACCUGAGCGACGACCUGGCACCUCUGUCUUGGAGGCCGCUGUUACCCCUGAUGGGCAUCUGCAGUUGGGCGCGGCGCCAGGCACUGCCAUCGCUUCAGUGCUUGGGACCACCGCCACCUCGUAUACAGUAGCACCUGGCGUGGCUGCGCCUGCUGCGAGUGCAGUGGCACCCAUAUCCAUGUUUGCUGGUCUGGCGGAACUUCCCGAAGCGGCAGAAACCGCAGGUAACAAGGAUGCGGGGACGGCUUCAGCAGCGAAGGCGGCGACGGUACAGGUUCCUACGACGGCAGUGUUCGCUGCGUCUGGCGCCGUGGUUCGCGAGCCAGCAGCCGUGAGGACGGCGCAGCCUGGACCUACAGACACUGCGCCCGCGGCGGCCGUUGCGGCUCUUGCCGCUCCACCAUCGACGGCCACCGUGGUGGCUCCAGCGCCAGCCACUGCGUCAGCGGCAGCCGUUGCACCUCCUGCCGCGCUGGCUUCACCAGCGGCGGCCACCGUCGUGGCGCCGCCUCCAGCCAACGCGCCGGCGGCAGCCGUUGCAGCCCCAGCUGUGGUAGUGUCACCAGCGGCGGGCACCGCAAUGGCGCCAGACUCGGCCGCCGCGCAAGUGGCAGCCGUAACGGCCCCAGCUGCAGUGGCUUCACCAUCGGCGGCUACCAUCAUGGCGCCAGCGACGGCCACCGCGCCGAUGGCAGCCGUUGCGGCCCCCGCCGCAGUGGCGUCACCAGCGGCGGCCACCGCCGUAGCGCCAGCUUCGGCCACCGUGCCAGCGGCAGCCGUUGCGGCCCCUGCCGCAGUGGCGUCACCAGCCCGGCGGGCACCAUCAUGGCGCCAUCGACGGCCCCCGCGCCGACGGCAGCCGUUGCGGCCCCAGCUGCGGUGGUGUCACCAGCGGCGGGCACCAUCAUGGCGCCAGCGACGGCCCCCGCGCCGACGGCAGCCGUUGCAGCUCCCGCCGCAGUGGCAUCACCAGCGGCGGCCACCGCCGUGGUGCCAGCCUCGGCCACAGUGCCCGUGGCAGCCGUAGCGGCCCCCGCCGCAGUGGCAUCACCAGCGGCGGCUACCAUCAUGGCGCCAGUGCCGGUCACCACUCAGGCUGCAGGCAGGGCAGCAGUCCCUGCCACAGUUGCGGCUACGUUUGUGGCACCGGCCUCGGCCACCCUGCCGGCGGCAGCCGUUGCGGCCCCAGCCACAGUGGCGUUACCAGCGGCGGCCACCGUCGUGGCGCCGGCGCCUUCCACUGUGCCGGCGGCCGCUGCGCCUGCGCCUGUGACGAAACCGGCCGCCAGCGUUGCUGCGACGGACGCUGCAGUUGGCGCCAGCGCCAUGGGCACGAACGCUACCAGCACCAACGCCGCUUCAGCCAUUACCGCGGGCGCCAACUCCACUGGAACCAGCACCAGCGCCACAGAUGCAAACGCCACGUCAGCACCCGUCAUUGCUACUAACAGCACGGCGGCGAUUGGAUCGACCGCAAAUGGCACGACGCCGGUUGGGACGGCUGCUAAUGGCACUGUGACGGCCACAGGCGCCGCCACCAGCAUCGCGGCGACUGGGAUGACGGCAAAUAGCACGGCUGCCAAUGGCACAGCGGCAGCCGCAGGUGUUGCCAAUGGCACCUCGGCGAGUGGAACGACAACGACUGGUUGGAUGGCACGGCACGGCGUCUUCGGGAUUGUUGGAUGGUUGUUUGGCGGCGAUGCCAACGGCACGACGAACGCCUCUGCCGCAGCCAGUAGCAGCCCUGCCGCAGCCAGCAGCAGCCCAGACCCCAGCCCCUCGAGCACGAGCAGCCCCAGGGACCCCCAGGCGGCCAAGGCAGGAACCGGCGCUGGUGCCGUGGCCCUCGCGGGGCUGCUCUUUGGCGUCCUCGCCAUCGCCGCGGCCACCGCCCGGCUCUCCGCCCAGGGCAGCCCCCCGCAGGGCUCCGCCUCGCGCCCGUCCACCCCGGGCCCGGCGCCCGACCCGCCGACGGUGACCGUCACCGGGCCGACGGGCCUCCGGGCCUCGGAGGCUGCUCAGCGGCUCGCCCCCCAGGCCAGGAGGACCUACCGCAGCUCCGUGCUCGACGUGUCUCCGCUGCGGAGUUCCGGGGGCUCCUCGGACGACGACGACGACGACGACGGCGGGGCGCCGCGGAGGAUCCCCUCCGGCUGCACGCUGCCGCCCGCCUCCGGCCGCCCGAGCCUCCAGGCAGCCGCCGCGGCGGCCGAGGGUGCCGGCGCCGCGCGGCCCAGCGACCGCCGCUCGAGGCUGGCGGGCCUGCAGGCAGGCAGCGAGUCCGCGGGCAGCCAGGGGCUGCAGCCCGCCGCGGAGGGCCCGGAGGCGCCGCCUUCCCCGGCAGCCCGCGGGUCUUACGGCAGCCGCCGCGCCGGGAGCCAGAGGCUGCAGCCGCCCGCGGAGGGCGCGGGGGCUGCGCAGGCCGCCUCGGCGCGCGGGUCGUACCGCGAUCGCCGCUCGAGGCCGCAGCCGUAGUUUGGCCGCUCUUCACGGGGCGCGCCCGACUUAACACUACUCGCAAAAUGCCUAGGCGCAAACGUCCGAAAACACAUAGAUUGUCUUUCUCUACGUAGGGUAUCGUAAAUGCCCCGCGGCGGUUCCAGGUCAUCUGCGAGCAGUUACUCUGCGAGUCGUGGAACGCGGUUGUCGAGUUUGGCCGCGGCCGCAGCUUCACCGUGCGCAGCGUGGCCGCAGCCAGCGCCACGGUGCGCGCUGGAGCGCGCUGUCAGGGGGGAGGCAUGCCGCUCACGUGCGAAGGCACGGCUCCAGCC